AUGGCAGAGCGUUCUCUUAUGAUCCGCUGUGCGGUGGAGGGCCGUUACUUCGCGGCGGGAAUGGACUUUCCAAGUGCCCGUGUGUUUGAUGUGGCGACUGGGGCUCUCGCGGCGGUUGUGGAAGUGCCACCGCGGAAUCGGGCCUCACUCGCUGUGGUCUCACUUACCGCAUUGGCCCUCGGCAGUGUUAAUACACAUCAACAAUGUCAAGCAGAGGGAAAUGAAGAAGAAAAAGAGGGAGGCAUCAUGGUAGGGAUACCCUCUGUAUGUUAUGCCGCGGUUGGAUUAAGCAAUGGAACGGUAUUAAUACACAAUGUGGAAAAGAAUGAACUUGUGCAGCAUCUUGCGGUUUCUGAUACGCAGCAGUCCAUUACGGCAAUGACAUUCUGCGGCCGUUAUCUUUUCUGUUUGGCAUCUAAUCGACUGCUGCAUGUGGUGGAUUGUGUGCGUGGGGAGCGGGUGGUGGGGAAUCUGCGUGUCCAACAUGAUGCAGGGGCCAUCGCCGUUAUUCAGGAUAGUACAGAUAAUAAUAAUAAUAAGAGUAAUAAGAGUAAUAAAGGUCUUUCGCAUACUACGGCUAGUGCGAAGAUGGAUAAUGGUGUGGAAUCACAUUUUCGUAUAUUUAUUGCAGGUCCAACAAACGCCAUAUACACCCUUCGUCUUAACAAAAACAAUAUCAACAGCAGUAGUAGUGGUAGUGGAACCCACACCACUGUACCAUUUGAACGUUUGGUCUCAUUUGCCUCUCAAGCCUCUCGUGCGGAUUAUGCGUGGAUGGGCGGUACUUCUCAACAUCCCGUUGUGGUGACGGCGAAUGCGCAGGAGGGACUCAUUCGUGUGUGGGAUGCGACACCAUCGCUGGACAGUCGAACGGCAACAUCCCGCUGCCGCCGUAGUCUCUUGUGUGGACAGCGUAUUGUAAACAUCUCUGUACAGGAAGAAACCUCAAUCCAGAAUAAUAAUAAUAAUAAUAAUAAUAAUAAUAAUAAUAAUAAUAAUAAUAAUAAUAAUAAAACUUGCGGUGAGGCGUGUGUGGUGGCCACGACGUUUACCGGUUCCGUACUGGUGUUUGAAUUGGGCGCUGCGCUCCUCACGGCUGUGGCGGAGCCGACACCAACACCCCCGUCCCUUCGACUGGUGUCGGCCGUCAAUUCUGGGCGAUUGCUGUUUGGCGCAUUACUCCAGCAACACUCUCAACAAUAUCAACAACACCGCAGUGGUGAAGAGGUGUUGGAGCGGCGGUUAUUACUCUUGCGUGGGCGAUUUGCCGUUCCACGAUUUGAAGUACUGGAUCUACAAGAUGCGGCUGCAAAGGCAGUGAGAAAAACAACAACCACCAAAGGAGGAGAAGGAGGAAUCAUCACAGAUGAUGAGGUAGCGGUAUUUACAGUUCCAUCUGGGGCCCAUUCAGAGAAGGACUCCAAUGUACAUGCCAUGCAUGCCGAUAUGGAAGUCUUGGAUCACGCCUGGACAACACACAGUGAACAGGAACAACAACAACAACAACAAAGACGUCAACAAUUACUCGCCGCUCGUGCCAUUCAUACACCAUCAGAAGCCUUUGGAGUUCCUGUAUCGUUUCAUGCGAAGAGUGUAAAGGAACUCCCACAGAAGACUCUUACACUGGAGCAGCGACUAAAACAACUCUCACUCUCUACACCCUCAGACACCCAAGGACAAACACUUCAACAGAAAAACACAUCAACAUCACAACAACAUGCUCUUGGUCUUGCGACUGUACCAUUAUAUCAAGCACUUCACGCAAAUGAUGCAGCGGCGGUGAUGGAACUUCUCACAGUUGCCUCACGUUCUAAGAGUGAUAUUCGUGCAACUGUAAUGGCUCUUCAGUUGCCGUAUUGUUUACAAUUACUGGAACUUCUUGCGAAGCGUGUGAAAGGGGCAAAUUCACGUUCUCCGUUAUUUGUAUGGAUUGAUGCUAUUAUUCACUAUCGUGGUGUGGAAAUGUUUCAGGCCCAACAGGAAUUAAAAAUGCAAAAGGAUGAGAAAGAAGCUGGAAAAAAAACAACCACUACCACCACAAAUACAAAAGAGACUGUUGUUCAUAGCAAAGAGGGUGAAACAACACCUUCACCACCAAAGGAUUUUGUUGCCCCACUUCUACAUCAGUAUAGAAAUAUGACUGCCCUCUAUGAUCCUCUUGCGGCGAUGUAUGGUAGACUUUCCAUAUUUAAAUCUGUUCGUCCAUCAGAGCGAAGUGUAUUUGUAAACUCUGAUACUGGUGUUAUUUUUCCCGCUAUGUUUACAGAGAUACGUUGUGCCGGUGGUGAGUUCCGCACGGUGCGUGUACGCAGUAAACGAGACCCACGACUGCAGAAAAAUAAAAAGAAAAAUGCAUUGGAACUCUUACGUAAAGCACGUCGAAUGGCUGCUGCUUCUUCUUCAGAGAAUAAAGCCACAGACAGUGAUGAUGAUGCUAUGGCAGAUAGCGAGGAUGAAUUAGACAUGGACGCAUUAGAUAAUAUGCGUUUGUCUGAUAACUCUGACAGUGAUGAAGGAGAUUAUGAAGAAGAUGAAGAAAAUGAAGAUACUGAAGAUGAUGAAGAUGAAAGUCGUGCAAAACGUGUACGAGGUGAAGAAGUGGAGAUGCUUGCAGAACCAGAUCGUGGUUCAUCCUACGGUGUGGAAUCCUCCACCCGCAGCAGCGAUGCGGAGUUUGACUCCUCCAGUAAUGAUGAUGUCAACUCUGAGGCUGGGGCAUCCGAAGAAGAAGAUGAAGAGGAUGACGAUGACGAUGAGGAAGAAGAGGAUGAGGAUGAUAGUGUUGAUCUUGGUGAAGAGGAUGAUAACAAUAACGGCGAAGAUGAGGAUGAUGAUAAUGAUGAUGAUGAUGGAAUGGGUGAAGACAUGGCGGAGUUGUUGGCCGCACAGGGUGGGGACGAUGAGCAACAACAACAAGUUGAGAGGCGGCGACAUAAGCGAGUAAAGACAGAUCACUAA